AAAAAUAACACUUAUAAUUUAUGAGUUUAAGAAUAUAAUUUAAAUCCUUAGUUUGAAAAUAUUUCAAAAUAAGUAUUAUUUUUUUGUAUUGAUAAAUCCGAUUUUUUUUGUGUUGUGGCUAACCAAAGGACUAUCACAUUGCUAAAAAUGAAUUAACUAGAAAAAACUGAUGUGAUAAACAAAACUAGAAUGUAUUUAGCUAAUAAUUAUAGUUGUUCUUAAAUCAUUUACAUUUAGCGAAUCUUUAAGAACUACAAUCAUUUAGAAGUCGCACCUUACAAGAAUUACAAACAUAUAAUUUCUCCAAAGCUUUCCUUAGCACAUAAGGAACUUAUUACUACUCCGUAUGAACUAAUAUUAAAGGUGAAACAUACUAAAGGUAUUAGCAUAUAAUAAACUUAUAACACAUGAUAAAUGUGAUGGGAAAAGGGGAAAAAGAGUAAAGGUCGAGUGUAUUAGCAUUCUUGUGUAAAUCAUGAUAGGCCAAAUGGUACCUACCAAACACCUAACCAUCCUACCAAAACAUAGUUGGCGCGAGACAAAUAGACCCCUCAUGUUCGCAAAAGGAAAAAUCUGUUUGUACCCACUAUUGUACCCAUUUUUGUACCCACCUUGUCUGUGAGGAGUUUUCUUUUUGUCUGUGAAUCCCGGUCAUAGACAAAAAUAUGUCUAUGAAGACAUGGUGGGUACAAAAGUGGGUACAAUAAUGGGUACAACAAGAAGAAUCCUUCGCAAAAAGACGUUAAAAGGAAAGGGAAACCCAAAAACCAGAUCCUGACAUUCAGUCACAUUGUAGAAUCUAUACAAUGCUCCGUCAAUAGUAACGGCCUAAUAAAUAAUGUGGCCUACGAACCAUGUGUUUGGUUGUACGUAAUUUGUACUCCGUAUCAAAUAUCGGAAUAUUGUAUGGGUAAUUUGAUGGUCUGAUUUGGUCUGAUCUGAUAAAUGUUUCGUCUUUGUGUAUUAUAUAAUCGCGGAAGUCUGGUCUUAACUGGAUAUGUUCUACAUAGUGUUGGACUCGGGCCGGGUGGCCCGACCCGGAACCGGCUCGGGACCGGUACUGUGCUGAACCGGCCCGGCCCGAUAGCGCCAGUGACCGGUCCGGGUAGGCCCGGCCUGGGGGGUUCCCGGUGCGGGCUCGGGUCACCCAAAAGCCGAGCCGAACCGGCCCGGCCGGUUCGGGCCCGGUUCCGGGCUUUUUAAUUUUUUUUUUUCAAUUUUUUUUAACUUUUCGGGUUGGGCUCGGUAUUUUGGGCCAUUUGGGGUGGGGUUUGGGGUUUGGGGGUGAGGGGGGGGGGGGUUAAUUAGGAAAAGGAAAAAAAAACGACCCGAGGCCCGGACCGGCCUCGGAGGCUACCCGGGCCUGUCCCGGUUCAUCCUUCCCAAAAAAAGCCCGGCCGGGCCCGGCCCGGAACCGGCCCGGGUCCAUGAUAGUUCUACACAAUUGUCCAAAUCUAAUCUUAUAUAAAUGGAUAUAAUCUAAUUAUUGAAAUCUGAUAUGCAUUAAUUUGAUUGUUCAAGUUUAAUAUGGUAUUGAAAUCAAAUCAAUUAAAAACAUUUGUCAUCCAUAUGUGCCUAUUAAAUUAAAUGAAAGUAUGAAAUUAUCAUGCAUUUACCAUACUCGCAAAAUAAAAAAAAAAAAAAAAAAAAACCAUACUCGCAUCCACGCACACCAGCUCUUGAUCAGUCCAUCAUCUAUUGCAACUACAUUCACAUUACUACAUGUGAAUAUCUAUAAGUUAGUAAACAUAUCAGCUAAUAACAUACUAUCAAAACUGGAAUAUGCACAUCUAUAAUUACUUUUGAACAAAAAUAUUACACUUUACAUAAAACAUUAUCAAAUAUCAAUUCUCCUUACAAGUUAUGGAAUUACAAAAGAUAAGUAUUCCACUUUAAAUAAAGCAUCAUCAAUUACAAAUUUUCCCUUACAAAAUAUAAGUAUUCCUUUACAAAAUUUCCCUUGCAAUGAAUAAGUCUGUUUAACUGCUUACAAGUUACUCUGCAUGAAAUUACAAAAGUUAAGUAUUCCAUUUUGAAUAAAGCAUCAUCAAUUACAAAUUUUCCCUUGCAAAAUACAAAUAUUCCAUUACAAAUUUUCCCUUGCAAUGAUAGGUCUGUUUAAGUUCUUCCAUCGAACACUUCUUCAGUAUUAAUAAUCUUUCUAACUUCUUCACAAUCACAAAAGAAAACAAAAUUUAUGAAAUGUAGGUAGCAAAAAGCUGUAACAGAACAAUAAUAAUAAUAUAAACACACGGAUUUUGGAAUAAGAGACGCACACAUAUAUUAAUAUUAUGUUUUACUAAUUUAUUUGACUUGUAUCCUAAACAAAGCUAUCGAUCAAAACAAAAAAUAGUUAGACAAUAAUAUGUGAAUAAACAAAAACAAAAAUGUAUUGCUAGAAAAGAUUUAACCUUUUCUAACAAACAAACAAAUAACGAUAAAGAAAAUAAAUACAUUAAAUAUAUUUUGGAAAUGCUCACAUUUAUAGCCAACUGACACUUAUAGAAGAACUCUUUACUUUGAGGUUUCAUUUAUUAUGUGCACGUUUUUAACCCUUUUAUUUUGUUACUGUUAUAACAUUAAUUAACAAUUUUAACCAAAUUCAAUAAAUAAUUAAUCCUCAACGGAAAAAUAGCAAUAUUCCAAUCAUACCCCUGAUGCGGCCUGUCACUUCCCUGUUUUACCCUUCCAUCCUAUGCACUGUUCUGUGGGCCUCGUCUUCUGCUUCCCAGCUCUCAACGGGCAGGGGCUCUGUACGGGCAGCACCAUACAAUUGUACUGCAAACAGAGUGAGCUGCUCACCGGAAUUUCUGCCGCCGGUUUUAUUGGGAUUCCGGUCAAAUAAUUAUGCUGUAAGUAAAGCACCUGAAUAUCUGAGGAGAGUAACCGGUCAACGAUGCUCGUCGGUACCUCGCCGGUGAACCGGUUAUUGUUGAGGUAAAGAUUCUGGACCGUCGAGAACAAUGGGGAUAUCUCGCCGGAAAACCGGUUGAAGCUGAGAUCGACGGUGGGUAUGGCAACCUGGCUGUUUGGGCUAACCGGGCCGAAAAGCUUGUUUCUUUGGAGCUGGAGAUUGGUAAUUGGUAAACUGAAUAUGUUCCCCGGGAUGGUUCCGGUGAACCAGUUCGAGCUCAGGUCGAGAUAAUUCAGCCUAUUUAAUUGGUUCAGAACCUGAUCGACCGGUCCGGUCAGCCGAUUCCAUGACAGAGAUAGAUACUGAACGGACGGGGGGAAGGCAUUCGCCGGAAGAGGACCGGAAAGGUUGUUGUGUUUGAAGUCAACUCUGGUCAAACUCUGAGAGGAGAACGGCGGGACGGCGCCGGAGAGAUGGUUGUGACUGAGAAUGACAUUGGACAGAGCCGGCAACGACCCGAUGACCGGAGAGAUGUUCCCGGUGAACUGGUUGUAACUGAGGUCAAGCGUUUGCAGGCUCCGAAGCUGGCCAAGCGCCGCCGGAAUCUCGUCGGAGAGAGAGUUCCGGCUGAUUCCAAGAAACCUGAGGUUCUUCAACUGCGAGAGAGUUUCCGGCAAAGUCCCAUUUACCCUCCCCGGAGUAACACUGAAAUCCGUAAGACCAGAAAGCUUCCCAAUAGCCGGGUCAAUCCGCCCGGUCAAUCCCGGAGACCCGGCUCUCGGGUCGCCGAGAUUCAACGCAACCACCUUAUCUCCGUCGCAGAAAACGCCGGCAAAGUUACAGGGAUCCGAAGUGAAAUCCCAGGAAUCGAAGUACUUGGAACCGGGCAAAUCACUCAAGCUCUUACGAAUGGCUUGAAGAGCCAAGAAAUCGACUGGGUCGAGAAUCGCAAGAACAGAGGAAGUCCACCGGAGAAGACAAACGGCGAGGACUAAUCUCAUCAUUGCUGCCCAAUAAAUUUCAGGAAUCAGAGAGAUGAAAAGGGAAGAAAGGGAUGCUUUUUUGUGUCGUUUCUGUUCUUCUUCUGGGUUAUGGAGAGAAAUGAAAGAUAGAGGAAGUGCAAUAACAGAGUGUGGCGGAGAAAAGCUGGAUGAUUCACUGGCGCUGGUGGAUUAAG